AUGGAUUUCGGCGAUCUCAAUGACAGACCUUUAAAGAAACGCCGCUUUUUCGUGGACGAGGAAGCCCCGUCUCCCGCAACAAAAGAAGUCAGCGCCACAGGCGCAGAUACUGACGCGUCGGCUCCUCGGUCCUCUCAUCUGGACGAGGGCAAUAAUGACUUUUCUACUGGGCAUGGGGAACAGGUUGAAUCGCCGUCAAAUGGGCGAACUCCACUGAGGCCGUCGGUGCCGUUCUUUUCUAAUGACCACUUCCACAUUGCCUCCGACCCAUAUGUCCGAACUCAGAUCAAUGGACACGAACGAACGGCCGAAGACGCGACGAUUCAUGACAAUGGCCUGCUGGGUCAGACCAACACACACAAUACGAACGAUAUAAACGGUGAUGCGGUCCCUACAUCGAACGAUACGGCGGAAGCGAGGCGUCUCGGGGAGGAAUCGACGGUGGAAGAGACACUCGAACAAGGCAACGCAAAUGGAUUCGAUACGGAAGCCUUUACUAGCAUUGUCGGUGAACAACUUCCAGCGGAUACCAUACGCAAAAUCCGAAACGUUGCCGGCGACGAUCUGGAGAGGGCCGUCAAUGUCUAUUUCGACGGGUCCUGGAAAACAUCAACCUCUCGCGCCGUGAGCCAAACGACUUUGAUACCUCGGGAGCGGACGACCCCCUCGCAACCUACCCCUGUUGAAAGAUCUCCCACACAGGACGCAAGCGCGCCGCGUCGUACGGGUCAACCUCUAGUGCGGUACAUCGGGGCUUUUGGCGUUGGUGCGUGGGCCACUAGGAGCGGAAUGGGGCUGCUGAAGCACGGAGACAAGGUCAAUAUCGAGAGAGCAAGGUCGCAGCCAGUCUCGAAGCGUGGUCGAGGAGGCAGACUCAUCACCAAUCAGAAAGGGGAUGUUUUGACUCGAUUCACGAACAGUGCCGGGCAGGAGAUUGGAAGGUUGCCUCGAGAGACGGCGGAAUGGGUGUCGACUCUGAUCGACCAGAAGGCUUGCAAGUUUGAAGGCGUUUGCGUCUAUUCUCCGGACCGAGUUCGUGUCAACGAUACGAUCUACUUGCAAUUAUGGUGCUAUCUCCGUAUAGAGGCAUUCCAGCCCUGGAUCGUCGACAGCAGCCUUGACGAUAACAGAUCGACGACUAUAUUCGAGGAGCAAGAAAGCGCAGAGGAGAAGCGUCUGCGUCUUCGUCAGGUUGCUUUGGUGCAUCUAUUCGACGAAAUCGGUCUCAACCCGACAUCGAUUAAUGACAUGACCAGAAAGCACAAGAAAGAGGGUUUGCUUCGCGCUGCAGAAAUUGCAGAGCAAUACGACAAGAACAAAAAGGAAAGCAAGUCUAACGGCAAUUCGUCCGAGGAAGAGGACUCCGGAGAGCUUGAGGAAGACCAGCUGGACACUCUUUACAAGAAGGCCCAGUCGUUCGACUUUAACAUGCCCACGGCAGAACCACCAUCCACGUUCACCAUGAAUCUUAGGAAAUAUCAAAUGCAAGCGCUGCAUUGGAUGCUGGCAAAAGAGAGGGACAACAAGUCUGGCCGGGAAAGAUCAAUGCACCCGCUGUGGGAAGAAUACGUGUGGCCGGCCAAGGACGUGGACGACAAUAAUCUCCCAGUCGUUGAGGGUGUUGACCAUUUCUAUGUCAACCCAUAUUCCGGCGAGCUCAGCCUCGAAUUCCCGGCACAGGAGCAACAUUGCUUAGGUGGCAUACUAGCAGACGAAAUGGGUUUGGGUAAAACCAUCGAAAUGAUGGCUCUAGUCCAUUCUCAUCGCAACGUCUACCCAGAUCACGCAGACAGCGCUCCCAGCUCGGUCAGUGAUCUUACGAGACUUCCUGUUUCUUCUAAUGCUGUAGUCCCUGCUCCUUACACGACCCUUGUCGUUGCCCCCACAUCCCUGAUCUCACAAUGGGAGAGUGAGGCAUUGAAGGCGUCUCAAGAAGGAACGAUGAAAGUUCACUUAUAUUAUGGCAACGACAAACUUGUGGAUCUGCGAACGCUCUGCUCGGCAAACAACCCGGAAGCCCCGAACGUGAUUGUCACUAGUUAUGGCGUUGUGCUGUCGGAAUAUCGGUAUUUCAUAUCACAGAUGUCUUCUUCGAUUAGUACUGGCGGCUUAUUCUCUGUGGAAUUCUUCCGUGUUAUUCUGGAUGAAGCACAUAUGAUCAAAAACCGAUUGUCAAAGUCCGCCAGAGCCUGCUAUGACCUGAAGGCCACCCAUCGCUGGGUGUUGACAGGAACGCCUAUCGUCAAUCGCCUAGAGGAUCUGUUCAGCUUGGUGCGGUUUCUGAAAGUUGAGCCCUGGAACAAUUUCUCGUUCUGGAAAACCUUCAUUACCGUGCCAUUUGAAUCGAAGGACUAUGUGCGCGCACUUAACGUCGUUCAGAGUGUGCUCGAGCCUUUGGUGCUUCGACGUACGAAAACGAUGAAGACGCCUGAAGGAGAGCCUCUGGUGCCCCUUCCUCGUCGGACAAUCACGGUUGAAGAGAUCCAACUCUCGGACCAGGAACGUGAGAUUUAUGACUAUAUCUACACUCGGGCAAAGCGAACAUUCAAUGAAAAUGUGGAAGCUGGAACACUUCUGAAAUCUUUCACAACAAUCUUUGCCCAGAUCCUGCGCCUUCGCCAAACAUGCUGUCAUCCUGUUCUCACCCGCAACAAAGCGAUUGUUGCAGACGAGGAAGACGCGGCGGCUGCAGCGGAUGAUGGCAACGGACUGAAGGAUGACAUGGAUCUGCAAGAAUUGAUCAAUAAAUUCACAACGGCAACGGAAGAAGCAGAUUCCAACGAGACCCAAGACUCUUCGACCAAGUUCACAACAUACGCCCUGAAGCAGAUUCAAAACGAGUCCAGCGGAGAGUGUCCCAUCUGCUCCGAAGAGCCCAUGAUCGAGCCCGCGGUAACCGCAUGCUGGCAUAGUGCAUGCAAGAAGUGUCUGGAAGACUAUAUCCGCCAUCAGACCGACAAAGGCGACUCACCUCGAUGCUUCUCCUGCCGAGCACCAGUCAGCAACCGCGACAUCUUCGAAGUAAUCCGCCACCAAUCCCCCAACACGACACCCACCGCCGAAACCGACAUCUACAGCAGCACGCCUCCUACAAGCACACAAUCCGCGCCACGAAUCUCCCUCCGGCGAAUCAACCCACUCUCCCCAACCGCACACACCUGUGCCAAAAUCCACUCUCUCAUCAACCACCUCCACCGCGUCCCCUCGAACACCAAAUCCGUCGUCUUCUCCCAAUUCACCAGUUUCCUAGACCUCAUCGGCCCCCAGCUCGACCGGGAAGGCAUCCCCUACCUCCGCCUCGACGGAACCAUGCCCCAGAAACAGCGCGCCCAAGUCCUCGCGCAAUUCACCAAACUCGACUCCUACGACCAGGAAGACAUCGAGGACGAAUCCGAACCCGGCACCACAACUCCCUUCCGUCUCAACUCCACAGCCAAGAAACCACCCGCCCCGACUCCGCGCGUUCUCCUAAUCAGUCUUCGCGCCGGCGGCGUCGGUCUCAACCUCACGGCCGCAAGCAACGUCUUCAUGAUGGACCCGUGGUGGAGCUUUGCCAUCGAAGCGCAGGCGAUCGACCGCGUGCAUCGGAUGGGCCAGUUGCGGGACGUCUCGGUGACGAGGUUCAUUGUGAAAGACUCCAUCGAGGGCCGCAUGUUACGGGUCCAGGAGCGGAAGAUGAACAUCGCGGGAUCCUUGGGAUUGAGGGUUGGUGGGGAUGGAGGGGAGGAUGAUAAGAAGAAGGAUCGAAUUGAGGAGUUGAAGUUGUUGUUUGAGUAG